GAAAUGGAUAGGGCGAAUCUGUGCACACGCCUAAUCCAAUCCACCGAGCGCCAACAUAACGUUAGCGUUUCAGAACUGAGGUGGGAGUAAAUAAUGUUGAUAACAGUCAGAGAAGCUGCUGCAGCUUCUUCUUCGCCCCUUUGCUUCACCCUCUCCACUCAAUCUCUUACCAAUUCUAAGCGUUUUCCAAGACCUCGAGGUUCAGUCUGCCGAGCUUCCUUCUCUGUUCCUAGAAAGCCCAGCCCCAGAAAAUCCUGGAACCUUGGCCUCAUUUCCAACAGGUGUCAUGGACAAAGACCACAAUCAUAUGCUAAAUCAGAUCCAAACUGCCAAGGAAGUUCUGAGAGCUCAGUUUUUGAUCCCUUGGGCAUCCGUCCAGAUCUUUCAUCUGAACUAAGUAGUACGUGGGGAAAUUUUCUUGGCUUACUUGGGCAAACAUUUGAAAGUUCUUCAAGCACAAAAAAAGAUAAAUCUCCCUCAGCACGUGGAUUGGCAGCUGCAAUCGAGGACAGUUCCAUUGACAUAGGGGACUUCUUCAAAGGUCCAUUGCCAGGGAAAUUUCUUAAGCUUUUGGGCUAUUUAGCACUAUCUAGGCUUGGAAUCUAUGUCCCUCUUGGUGGAGUGAACCGAGAGGCUUUUGUUGGGAACUUGGAUCAGAACAGCUUAUUGAGCACUUUAGAUUCAUUUUCUGGAGGAGGCAUUGGUAGGUUAGGGAUAUGCUCCCUUGGCAUUGUUCCCUUCAUCAAUGCACAAAUUGUCUUCCAGCUUCUUGCACAAAUAUAUCCAAAGUUGCAAGACCUUCAGAAAAGAGAAGGCGAAGCAGGGCGAAAGAAAAUUCUUCAAUAUACUAGAUAUGCCUCAGUUGGGUUUGCAAUUGUACAGGCAAUUGGUCAAGUUCUCUACCUUCGGCCUUAUGUUAAUGAUUUCAGUACAGAGUGGGUGCUCUCUUCUGUUACUUUAUUAACACUUGGCUCAGUCUUAACAACGUACAUAGGGGAACGAAUCACAGACCUAAAGCUGGGAAAUGGCACAUCUCUUUUAAUAUUCACCAGUAUCAUUUCCUAUUUACCUGCAUCCUUUGGAAGAACAGCUGCACAGGCUUUUCAGGAUGGUAACUAUGUUGGAUUGGUUGCUAUAAUAUUCUCCUUCUUCCUAUUGGUACUUGGGAUUGUAUAUGUUCAGGAAGCAGAAAGGAAAAUCCCGAUCAACUAUGCUUCAAGAUACACCAGCAGAGGUGGAGGGCUUCAGAAAUCUGCUUAUCUGCCCUUCAAGGUAAAUAGUUCUGGUGUAAUGCCAAUCAUUUUUUCUACGUCGACUCUAGCCCUUCCGGGUACUCUAGCUCGCUUCACAGGUGUAUCUGUGCUGAAGAAGGCUGCACUUGCUUUAAAUCCAGGAGGUUCUUUCUAUCUGCCUACCAACAUCCUUUUGAUAGCCUUCUUCAACUACUACUACACAUUCCUACAGUUGGAUCCCGACGACGUGAGUGAACAAUUGAAACGGCAGGGUGCAUCGAUUCCACUCGUUCGUCCGGGCAAAACUACAGCUUCAUUUCUGAAAGCGGUGCUAAGUCGGAUAUCAGUACUUGGUUCAGCCUUCUUAGCAAUCCUUGCUGCUGGCCCUGCUGUGAUUGAACAAACCACACAUCUAACGGCAUUUAGAGGAUUUGCAGGAACCUCUGUUCUUAUUCUUGUUGGUUGUGCUACGGACACCGCCAGAAAAGUACAAGCCGAGAUAAUCUCCCAGAAAUACAAGAACAUAGAGUUUUAUGACAUUGAUAGGUAUACUCCAUGAAAAAGAUAAUGUAAUGGAACCAAAACUGAUGUCACACCCUUGAAUUUGUAUCACUGCUUCAUACUCAAUGGAACAUGGUUCACUUUGCUUUCA